AUGGUGAAAUUAGGGGAGGUGAGAAUUGAGAAGGAAGAAAAGAGCGACAAUCAGAAAGAAAAGGGGAAAGAAAGUGAGCGAGCUAAAAAGUGCGAGGAAAGAAAAGAAAAGAGAAGAUCCAAAUGGACAGAUUGGGAUGAUGCCAAUGAAAAGGGAGGUGUGACACUAGCAAAUCAGCAGCAGUCUUAUCAACAACCUCCACAGCAACAGAUUGUGAGACAUGAAGAUGGGUUUGCUAAACUCGAGGGUAUGAUGCAACAAGUGAUUGGGUUCACUGGAAAGCUAGUUGACAGAGUAUACUCACAUGAGGACUUAGAUCUAGAGCAAGAAAUUGCUCGCGAAAGUAGGCCGACUGAGACACUGGUGCCAUUACCCAUUGAGAUAGAUGAUUCAGUAGGUUUAACUGAGGUGACUGUACAUAAUGCUCAAGAAAACACCAACAAGGAAGAUGUGGUUGAGAAAGAGAUUAAAGCUGUACCAGAACCGAUAGUAGAAGCAGUGUCUGAACAAGAGAAAAAUCAAAUUACAGGGAAGAAGCGACCUCCAGCACCAUUCCCACAACGAUGGGUUAAGUAUAAAAAAGAUGAGCAGUACAAGAAAUUCUUGGAGAUCUUGUGGCAGAUUCAGGUAAACAUUCCAUUGAUUGAUGAUUUAAAGGAAAUGCCUGGACCCAGUGAAUUUGCCAAUUGCUCUCUAAUAGAUGUGGUGGAUGUAGUGUUGGAGGAGGACGAUGUAACAUUGAACCUUAAAGACCCUCUAGCACAUUGUCUUAUGAACUUAGACGAAGCUAAUGAUAAAUACUUGGCAGAGUGGGAAAGAAAAACUCCUCUAGCUAAGUCGUCAAUAGAAGAGCCACCAAAGCUGGAACUGAAGCCAUUGCCAUCUCAUCUCAGGUAUGCAUUCUUAGGACUUGACUCAACUCAACCUGUUAUUAUCUCAUCCAGUUUGUUAGAUGUGCAGGCAGAACAGCUUUUGCAGAUUCUGCUGGAAGAUGGGCAUAAACCUUCCAGAGAACAUAAAAGAAGACCGAAACCCAACAUGAAAGAAGUGGUGAAAAAGGAAGUGAUUAAAUGGUUAGAUGCGACAAUCAUAUUUUCCAUCUCUGACAGCAACUGGGUUAGCCCAGUGCAAUGUGUAUCGAAAAAGGGAGGUAUGACGGUAGUGAAAAAUGAGAAGAAGGAGUUGAUCUCUACACGAACAGUCACAGGAUGGCGAAUCUAUGGGUACUCGGGGUAUAAUCAGAUUUCCAUUGCCCCAGAGGAUAGAGAGAAAACGUCGUUCACUUACCUUUAUGGAAUCUAUGCUUUUCGGCGAAUGCCGUUUGGCCUAUGCAAUGCACCCGCCACAUUCCAAAAGUGCAUGAUGGUCAUCUUCAUAGAUAUAGUAGAUGAGAUAAUGGAGGUUUUCAUGGAUGACUUCUCAGUGGUGGGGAAUUCAUUCGAUGAUUGCCUUGUGAACUUGAGGCGAGUUUUGAAAAGGGUAGCUUUUGAGGAAUUAAAGAAGAGACUGGUGACAGCAUCUAUCAUAGAUACCCCCAACUGGGAGCAAUCAUUUGAGCUGAUGUGUGAUGCUAGUGACUAUGCUGUGGGAGCUGUGCUUGGGCAGUGA